GGGGUGAACAACUAGGUAGUUGGGUUCCAACCAUGAUCCUAACCUUUCGCAUACCUAUUAAUAUCGUAUUAAAAUGGGUUGUUUGUAGGCCUAUUUUAUUGAUGAGUUUUACAAGAUAAACGGUUCAAAUUGCGUUUGUAUCUGAUUAAUUUGGAGAGGUAUAUAUAUGAAGUGAUGGAAUAUGGAGAGCUUGAUUGCAUCCUGGUGUUCGAGAAUAUAUUCAACAGCCCUGGGACAAGAUUGAGCACGAAUCUGGAUCACACAUUGGUGUGGGGUCUACACAUCCCACACCAAUAUGUGAUUCAGAUUCGUGUUCAACCUUGCCCUAGGAGCAUUGAAUAUCUUCUCCCUAGUGUUCAGAUUUGAUACACACAGCUCAUUUGAUCGAUGGAUUAGAGCUUGAUAUAGGAUUACAAAAUUGUGACGAUCGAUUAUAUUUCUCAAUUUAUAAGAAAUAUUAGGAUAUUAUCCUCUUUUAAAGUUUGACAUUUUCACCAACGAGUUCUCAGUAGCAUACUCUUGACGCAGCCCAUCUAUCGAUGCAUGCUUGGUCGGUACCUAUAUAUAGAAUCAUUCCUCGCGACUCGUGUGAAAGCAUGUAUUAGGUUUAACGUUCAAGGGUUGACCUGGUUUGUAGGGGUACUUGCUGCUAAACAAAAAGGAAAAAAAAAAAAAGGGGAACAUUUUUUUUGUCAGGGUGCCAACAUGGUUUUUGCAUGAAUUUCAAGACAAUUUAGACGAAAUCCAGUCUUCACUUCCCUAUACUUUCUGCCAGCAAAAAGGGCAUGACCCUCUAAUUUAUGUUCAUAACCUUUUUUGUGCUCUAAAUACUCAAACCUUGCACAGAAACCUCAUACUGAGUUAUAUUAAUUAGUACAAAAUAUAAGUAAAUACAUUGAACAUUCACUUAGAUGCAAAAACCCAUUUCCAUCAACCCUAACUACUCCCCCACACCAAGAAGACAACAACAAUACCCCAAACCUUUGUUUUCUCCAAAACUCCAUUCCUCCCCAUAAUGCUCACUAAAAUGGUCGCUUGCUUUCUACCCGCAAUAUUACUCUUACUUGCUGUCGUCCUCCCUCUGAUCUCUCGGGUAGUAGUGUCUCAAAGAACCGACGGGACUUCUUUGUCACCCUUCAGCGGCCAAGGCGAAUGGCAACUGUUGCAAGCAAGCAUCGGCAUCUCCGCUAUGCACAUGCAACUCCUGCGCAACAACAAGGUCGUCAUGUUUGACCGCACCGAUUACGGUCCCUCCAACAUCUCUCUCCCCUCUGGUUUGUGCCGCCACGAUAUGAAUGAUACCGUCCUGAAAAAUGAUUGCACUGCUCAUUCCGUCUUGUACGAUAUCGACUCAAACACUUUCCGGCCGCUCAUGGUACAAACCGACACCUGGUGCUCCUCUGGCUCCGUCCGAGCCGACGGAACCUUAGUCCAAACCGGUGGGUACAAUGAUGGUGAUCGUGUCGUGCGCGUUCUAGCCCCAUGCACCGACAAUUCUUGUGAUUGGAUCGAAUUCCAUGGUUAUUUAUCGCAGCGCAGAUGGUACUCAACAGACCAAAUACUACCGGAUGGCCGGAUUAUUAUCGUUGGAGGAAGGAGACAGUUUAGCUAUGAGUUCUACCCUAGAAGCUCAACCUCAUCGUCUCCUUCCGACACUCAGCGGCUUGGUUUUCUUGGAGAGACUACAGAUGAGAAUGAGAACAACUUGUACCCAUUCGUGCACUUAUUGCCAGAUGGGAACUUGUUUGUUUUUGCUAACACCCGAGCUAUAUCACUGGAUUACAAGCAAAAUCGUGUGGUAACAGAGUUCCCUUUGAUGCCCGGUGGCCAUCCUCGGAACUACCCGAGCUCGGGUUCAUCGGUAUUGCUCCCCAUAGUCGAUAAUAACAAUGGGAUCGCGGAAGCCGAGAUCAUGGUAUGCGGCGGCGCCCCAAGUGGCUCGUUCACACAGGCAACGCACGGGAACUUCUCCCGUGCGCUUGCCACGUGCGGACGAAUAAAAGUCACGGACGAAAAUCCUAGUUGGGCAAUGGAGACCAUGCCCAUGGCACGUGUGAUGGGCGACAUGGUAAUUCUACCUACUGGGGAUGUGAUCAUCAUCAACGGUGCCGGGUCGGGUACCGCGGGGUGGGAGUUUGGCAGAAAUCCGGUUACCCGACCCGUGAUUUACCAUCCACAAGCAAUGGGCCCGGGCACUCGAUUCUUGGUCAUGGGCCCAGCAACACGGCCCAGAAUGUACCAUUCCACAUCGGUGUUAAUAACUGAUGGGCGUAUUAUAGUCGGGGGUAGCAACCCACACGUGUUCUACAACUUCAGUGGGGUAAAUUACCCAACUGACCUCAGCCUGGAAGCUUAUUCACCGCCAUACCUAGCACCAGAGUACCGACCAAUCCGUCCUACAGUUACAAAUGCCAGGGGUACUUUGGCGUACAACCAAUCAUUUUCAGUGACGUUUAGUGUGUCAAUGUUUCUGAGAAUGGGAAUUGUUUCAGUGAGGAUGGUUGCACCAUCGUUUACUACGCACUCAUUCGGCAUGAAUCAACGGAUGGUGGUGAUGAGGACGACUGGGGUCUCCAUGGUGGGGCCCAAUGCGUAUAGGGUAGAUGUAGUUGGGCCUUCAACGGCUGAGAUUUCACCACCGGGGUAUUAUAUGCUAUUUGUUGUGCAUUCUGGUAUACCAAGUACUGGCGUGUGGGUGAGGAUUCAAUAAUACAGAUGAGUUUUAGAAAUGUGUCUUG